AUGAGUGGGUCUGGUAAAGGUCUCUUGGGCCUCUGGCUGUACAGAAAUGGUGGUGACUGGCAGGUGAAGAACGAGGCGCCCCAUCCAAAGUUAGGCGAAAUGCACCAGCCGCAGCACCAUGAGGAGCGGGUGUCUGUGAUCUUCACCGUCAAGAAUCAGGUGGGGGGGCUGGUCCGUGUGUUGAAUGUGUUCCAGGAUUUGGGGAUUAACGUCCUCCACAUUGAGUCGAGGAAAUCGGCGACUGAGACUUCUGCUUCUGAUAUCUUGGUAGACGUUGAAUGCGAUCCACGCAUAAUGGAACAACUGAAACGUAUGCUGAAGAGAGAAGUUCAGGACUUCGAGCUGGUCUCCUCAAGAACUGGAGAUGACUUUCCGCCUCCAACGCCACUGUCAGCUGCGGCGAGUUUCGAUUUUGGUGAGAUGCCCUGGUUUCCCCGCAAGAUAGCCGACUUGGAUCGUGCUCAGAACGUCCUGAUGUACGGGUCAGAAUUAGACGCAGAUCAUCCAGGUUUUAAAGAUCCCGUCUACCGCAAACGAAGGGAACAGUUCGCGGCAAUUGCGAACAACUAUAAACAGGGUAUUGUGUUCCGUGAACUGCACAAGCUGUACCAGAAACACGCCUGUGAAGAAUACCUAGAGAAUUGGCCGCUACUGGUUAAAUACUGCGGAUACAGAGAGGAUAAUGUACCUCAGCUGGAGGAUCUAAGCACUUUUCUGAAGCGUAAGACGGGUUUCACGCUUCGGCCGGUGGCUGGAUACCUUUCAGCCAGGGAUUUCUUGUCGGGUCUUGCGUUUCGAGUGUUCCAUUGCACUCAGUAUAUCCGACAUUCGUCGGAUCCAUUUUAUACUCCCGAACCGGAUUGCUGCCACGAGCUUUUGGGUCAUAUGCCACUGCUGGCUAAUCCCAGCUUUGCCCAAUUCUCGCAAGAGCUUGGCUUAGCAUCCCUCGGUGCAUCUGAUGAAGAUAUCGAUAAAUUGGCUACGCUAUAUUUCUUCACGGUAGAAUUUGGUCUCUGCCGUCAAGCUGACGGUAGCUUCAGAGUGUAUGGAGCCGGUCUCCUCUCGUCUGUGGCUGAAUUGCAACACGCUAUAACCACUCCCGAAAAGAUCAAGAGAUUUGAUCCCGAUGUAACAGUGAACGAAGAAUGUAUAAUUACAGCGUAUCAAAACGCUUAUUAUUACACGGAUUCUUUUGAAGAGGCCAAGGAGAAAAUGAGAGCCUUUGCUGAAAGCAUCCAACGUCCGUUUGGUGUCCGUUACAAUCCGUAUACUCAAAGUGUAGAAGUAUUAAGCAACGCACAGAAGAUAACAGCCCUGGUACGCGAAUUAAGAGGUGAUAUAUGCAUCGUAUCUUCUGCUAUUAAGAAGAUAUCUGCCCAGGACUCGACUCUUGACGUCGAAACGAUUGCAAAUAUGCUCCAUACUGGCCUGCAGGUUGACAGAAGUCCUCAAAGUGCGUCUGGUGGUAGUUCACCGAAUUCUGAACGCGGCCAGUCCCCGAGAUUAGAAGCAUCGAAAUAA